AUGGCCUGGCCCGAGGGGGCGCACAGAAACAAUGCCUUCCUCGUGCUGCACGUCUUCUUACAAGGAAUGGUUUACACUGAGUACACCUGGGAGAUCCUGGGCUACUGUCAGGAGCUGGACUUCUCCUUGUGUUACCUUCUGCUGCCCCACCUGCUGCUGGCCGUGAACCUGGUGUUCUUCACCCUGAGCUGUCUCACCGACCCUGGCACCAUCACAAAAGCAAACGAAGCAUUGCUUCUUCAAGUUUAUGAGUUCGACGAAGUGAUGUUCCCAGAGAAAAGGUGGUGCUCUACUUGUGAUCUAAGGAAGCCAGCACGAUCCAAGCACUGCAGUGUGUGUAACCGGUGUGUGCACCGCUUUGACCAUCACUGUGUGUGGGUGAACAACUGCAUCGGGGCCUGGAACGCCAGGUACUUCCUCAUCUACCUCCUGACGUUGACGGCAUCAGCUGCCACCAUGGCCAUUGUGACCACCGUAUUUCUGGUCCGGUUGGUGGUAAUGUCGGACUUGGACUUGUACGUUGAUGACCUUGGACACUCCCAGGAUGUUGACACCAUCUUUCUUAUUCAGCGCCUGUUCCUGACCUUCCCGCGGAUCGUCUUCCUGCUGGGCUUCGUCUUGGUGCUGAGCUUCCUCCUGGGCGGCUUCCUGUGCUUCGCGCUGUUCCUGGCCGCCACCAACCAGACCACGAACGAGUGGUGCCGAGGGGACGGGGCCUGGUGCCAGCACUGCCCGCAGGCGGCCGGGACCCCAUCGGCAGAGCUCCGUGCUUACCGGAACAUCCACUCCCAUGGGCUUUGGAGCAACCUCAGAGAGAUCUUUCUACCCUCUACUGCACAUGGUGACAGAAAGAAGAAAUGA